UCCAAGGCUUUUAUGUAGGCAAAUUUCAAUGACGUGAGCACAAGGAGGAACCGAGGGAAUAACAAAAUGCAACUUACUACAGCGUAACCUCGUCAAAAACUUUUGCAUAAAGUAGUUUUAUAUUACGCUGAUUCGUGUGAAGAUGAAUACAUUUGUGACUCAUGCCAGUGUCCGAAUUAAAGGAACAGAAAACAACUACAACCCUGCUCCAUGCUAUGACCAGAUGUGUUCCAACAAGAGUGCACAUAUGCACUGUCCAUUCUGUGUUAAGUCUGACAUCUACCAGGACCCUGUCAUAUUAAAAGCACAUUACAGAGUUAAACAUGUGGACAAAGGCAUAGACUUUGCUGGUCUAAAGAUUCUCCGAUGUUGUGAUCACUGCGACAUAGUUGGUGUAAUCAAAGGUGAAAAGAAGUUCAAAGGAGCGCACUGGCAUUGCUACAGGUGCAGAAAUGGAUUCAAUAGGAGAGAUGAGGCCAUCAAACAUUACAAAACCCACUUCCGAAAUCCACAGACAACUUUUCAGAUUCAGGUAGCACAGGAGGUGAACAACCCUAACUCUGGCUACUGUGAUAGUACAGCAACUUUAGACCAGGGAGGAAUAUCAAUACACCCAGCCCUCACAGAGGCUGUCAUGUCAUCAAGUCUGGCACAGGAAGCAGGUUUAAUGACCCAGCCUCAGCAGGUGUCCGUGGCCAAUGGUAAGGUACCAGAGGGCUCUGUCCAUGUAUCUGUAGCAGCCAAUGAGACUGUGGACACAUCAGAUGGGCAAACACAUCACAUUAUGAUCAUACAGGAGGAGCCAAUAGAAAACAACAGCAAUUCUUACACCACCCAGAUUAUCACCAGUGAGGAUGUGAGAAUGGUUGAGGAAAAGGAGCAGCCUAACCAUCAAAAUGCUGCCAACAAAUUAGAGGAGCUGCAGCAAAAAUAUCAACAGCUGGAGGCAGAGAAAGAUGAGACGGAACGUAUACUGAGAACAGAAAUUCUGUCUCUAAAGUCACAGGUGGAGACCCUUGGAAAAGAAGUACUUUCUUACCAGAAGCGAGAAGAAGAGCUACUGGAGCAGGUCAGCGUUCCACUGGACCGUAACAUCGAAACACUAUUAAAGAACAUGGAAACUCAGCAUCGGGAUCUACUCCACCAACAACUACUCGUAAUCAAGCGCGAGUACAAACCACAGACACUGCUUUCAAAUGUUGUGAUGGAUGGACAGCUCAAACCCUCACCCAAGACCAACUGCAACAUACAGCGAUAUAUUAUCGAAUGUAAUCAAGACCAAGACUCUGAUCCAACAGCCGAUGAAUUGGAUGACCCAGCCAAACCAAGUGACUUAGAUCCCGACAACGAAGCCGAAAGCCCAAGGGCAGUGAUGGACACAGGCGAGGAAUCAUCUCUACAGGGGAAUGUUGAGGAUACUGCAAUGUCAGAUAGUCAUAGUGAUGUCAGUAAAGCCCUCCAUGACAGCAUUUUGUCAAAUUUAGAUAGCACUCAACGUGGAAAUCUGAGCUUCCAACUUGGUGGGGAAGGGUACUCGUACUGUGUGGCAGGGGAAUCUGAUGGAAAAACGGACCCAAAAAACAACCCUCUAGUGGUGUGUAUAGAGUACCCCUCAGAUGUUACACUGACACCUGUGGAAAACACAUUCAAAGUUCUUGACAAUUAUGAUGCAUCACAGAUAGUGCAACCCAUGUCAAUAGUCAAUAAGGGUGAUGCUUGUGGCGAACCAGAUGCCAAACGACAAAAACCUUGCUGAUAGACCAUCUUGUACCCAUCAUUCAAAAUCUUCCAUUUGUUGUUAUAAACUCAUAUAUUUAUAAUAUGUUUAAACUUCUGAUCAUGGAAUAUCAAAGACAUUUAAAGUGCAUCAAGUUCAUAUUAAGUUGUCUAAAUGUCCUCAUCUUUUGUGUAGUAAUACAUACAUUUUGCAUGUCAAGGUUUGUGUGUCAUUGAUAUAAUUUCAAUGAAGAAAUGUCUUAGAUAUUCCAUGAUCCAAUAUUUAAAUACUGAUGAUGUGCUGAAAAACCAUGUGAAAAGUACCUUACAUGGACAUGUAUGUUAUUACAUUUUAUUUAGGCAUUAUUUAUUUAUCAUAGAUCUCGUACUACACCAUAGCAUCUCCUCGUUACUACACCAUAGCAUCUCAAUAGAGGGAGGAGAAGUCUACAUCAUACAAUAAAUUAUUUAAUUCUUCUUAUUCUAUUGCUAUGAAAUCGUCCAAGCCAUUUAGUAGAAUAGUGUUACCUUUUGCUCUUCCUUUUAUCCAUCACAAAUUAGGUUAUGAAGAAGUUUUGCAAAGUAAGAGUUACACGUAAAUAAAUAUCGAUAGUGGUAGGAUAAUGGUAUUUCACUUAAAAGUUUUUCUGACAGGAGUUUUACGAUCGAAGUUGUGUACAUAGUCAAAUUAUAUUUCGUGUCCUUUUCUUCUAAUUUUGAAAUGUUUUUUGAUUUUGUUAAAUUUCAUCUAUUUUAUCUACAGGCACGUAAUUAUUUUAAAAGUUUUAUAGUUCCCAAGUCCAUCUUUAAGCUCACAAUGACUUUAAAACUUUAAAUGUCAUAAAAUUCUUCUACAUUGAUUUUGAUUUACAGAAGUGUAAAUUCAAAAUCUAUUAAAUUAUGUUCUUGAUUUUUGGGGGUUUUUUUGUAAGAAAAUGGAUUUCCACUAGACCCUUAAAGUUCAGAAACGUGAAAUGUCUUCUACUCAGCUUAGACUUCCUGAAUAAGUAAUCUUAAAAUGAUAAUUCAAUUUUGUGUUUUAGACCUAGAACAAAUAUGCAGUUGUCCUGAAGAGUGACGGUUUGUAGCAACUAGCAUAAAAAUGAACUGGAUUAGCCUAUAUAUCUGGGUUGGAAAUUUGAAACAAUGUGGCGAGGGAGAAGGUGUGAUUCCCCCCAAAGUGUUGAUAGGUUAUGUGGUACAGACAUUUUCAAGUGUUCAUGUAAUCUGUCAAGCUCUUGGUGCAUGACUGGUAAGACUUUUGUGUCGAUAUUCAACAGUUCCAAAGUUCUUCUCUUUCUGUACCUUCACACAAAUACUGGCUGUCUGUUGGAAGAUCCUGUCACCAUGAACUCAGAAAGAUUCAGUCAGGAAUUAUAUAAUUUUCACAAUUAAAAAAAAACUUCAAAAAUUUGAAUUGUUUCACACUUCUGUGUGUCCUACUAAUUCAUACUUUCAAUGUAAAAUCCUUAGUAGCAUAUAGAGUAGAAACUUUUUGAAAAACUAAUAAUGAUAAUGCAUUCUUAAAACCAUAAAUAAAAAUAAACUUCUAAGAAUAGUUUUAAAACCAAUUGCAAUUGACCAGUAAUUAAUGCGAGUUUCCUCACAAUGUUAGUUACACCAAUUCAGUGUAAAUUUUCUAAAAUCCAUUCCUAUGCCGUAUGAAAUUGAGAUAAUAUAAUUAAAUUGUUAUCUUGCGUUCUUGAGUUAAUCUUAAUUGUUAUAUGGCUAAGAAGUAUUGCUGUUUCAGUGCAGAAGUUAAUGUCCCAGUUAUUGAACUGCAGUACUAGUGUGGCAUUUGUUUUAUCCAAGAAAUACUUUUUGUGAAUUUCAUAAUAAUUUUUGCAUGGAAUUCUUUGUCCUGUAAUUUCUCUUGUGUGCCAUAUAAAUAUGGUUCAAAUCCGAGUCUAUAAAAAAACUGUCAUGUCCAAAAGUGUCAAUUUGAAAAUAUGUAGCUGUGUGAAAAUGUAUAACGUUACCAAGAUCAACAGAUUACUACAUUAAAAAUACAGCUACUUGUACCUUGUGGGAUGGUGUAAAAUCAUAUGUUGAACCACAUUUUAUAAAAAAAAAUAUGGUUAACAGUAAGCCUAAGUUUGUGAUUUGCCUGUGACAUAAUACUUCUGUAUAUUACUUGCAGUUGCCAAAUGUUGUAUGUUAGAACCAGUGGUCAAGUGUUAAAAUCUACAAAUGGAGACAUGUGCCCUGGAGCAUACAAACUUUUAAACAGUGUCUUAAGAUCCAGUCAAUUUCUUGCCAUCAUCUCCACACAGUUUAGCUACAAUUUUCAUUGCAGCUUAAAAUUUCCUUGAAAAUCAGUUUUCCAAAUAACUGUAACUCUCCCUUAUCACAUCUAUUGGUUCAAUUUUAACAUAUCUGCAUCUUUCAUAAAAAUGUCUGACAAUCUUACAAUAAGAUUCUAUUUAAUGUUAGAAACAAUAAGAUUCUAUUUCAUGUCAGAAACAAUUCAGUCCAAGUCAUUUUACAGGGUCUGUAUCAUCGGUAUAUAUUCUAAUUGAUCAUAUUUACCAUGCAAUAAGCUCAGGGGCAAAUGCGGUCAGGGUUUGGCUUAAUUGUGAUAAGAAAUUGAAAUUAUAAUUUGUUGGUAAUUUUAACAAAACAGCAAUAGCAGGCUGAUAACCAGAUACUAGGCCUGGGCUUAUUGCCGUAUAAAAAGUGUAGUUGGCCAUUCCCAACAUAUUCUAGCCGUAUACAGGUUACAUGUUCAUGGUCAGGUCCACCCUGAUAUGUCAGUGUUAUUGUUAGCUUCAAGUUAAGUUCAUUGUGUAUGUUCAGAAUUGUUCAAUGAUUUCAAUUUAAUGAAAACUGAUUUGACAUGAAAGAAAAGGAAUGCAUAUUUUGAGUAUAUGUCAAGUUGUUGAUAGUAAUUGAAAAUGUUUCUUUCAAACAUAUAAAUAAUUAAAACUAUCAUAGUUAAUUAUUAGAUUAUUGUGAAUCUUUGGACAAUAAAACUUUGCAUAUAAUU